UCGUUUGCCUAAAAAGUACUGCGGUAGUGAAAGGUCUAGAGACACAGAAACUGUAUUCGUGUUCGUUUUAUUUAAUUUCUUCAUCCCUUUCAGUCUUCACCUUGGCAUUUCACAUACACAUCAAAAUGGAAGUUCUUUCCAAUAAGAUUGAUCGGAAACAAUUGAAACCAGGCGAUCACAUUUACGUUUGGAGGCAGUCUUAUCUUUAUGCACAUCAUGGAAUAUAUGUUCGAGAGGGAAUGGUAAUACACUUCACAAGAGAAACAAGUGGAACACAAACUCUUUUCGACCGUCUCUUUACAAGUUCAUUCCCCGCUUUGGAUACGCACAUUCCAUGUCAAAAAUGUGUUGAUGCUAAGCAAACAAGGAGUAAUGGUGUCAUCUUGUCUUGCUUAGACUGUUUUCUCUCUGGUGGUGAACCAUGCCUCUUUCUGUAUGGUGUCAACAAACUACAUUUUCUAAACCAAGCUCGAGGAGGUACGUGCACCCUUGCUUCUUCUGAUCCAGCAGAUGAAGUCAUUCACCGAGCUAAUUAUCUUGUUGAAAAUGGAUUUGGUGGCUACCAUGUCUCCGAGAAUAACUGUGAAGAUUUUGCAAUUUAUUGCAAAACGGGCCUUCGAGUAAUCACAAACGACAGUGUAGGAGGGGGGAGUGGACAGGCAAUAAGAUCUGCUGUCAAGUCUGUAGUCCGUUUGGCUGUCCGUUAUUAUAGUCCAACAUUUUUUGGUCGUGUAUCGUACAGCGGUAAAAGAUUGGUUUCUGAUAUUGGAUAUCGCGAAGAUGUAACUAAAGUACCAGUGGAAAAAAUCUGAGAUGGCUAGAAGAGAAAGAAGAGAAAGUAAGUGUGGUUAAACAAAAACUAUUUUGUGGAAUGUUUAUACUUGAAUGGUGUUUUAAAGAUGCCUUUGUUAAGUUUCAA